CAGAAAGUAUGGCAUCGAGCAGUUUUGACAAUGCUGUUGAUGAUUUCACUGAGUUGAAGAAAGCAAUUGAGAAUUUGAUAUCUAAUAAGCUUGCCCGAGCUCAAAAGGAAAACAGAAAGUUAGUACUGAAUGAUAUUAACAGGCGCCUUGAUGCUGCAGAGGUGGCUUUAAAAGAAAUGCAAAGAGAAGUGGACAAAGCAUCAGCCGGAACCAGACCCAAACUGUCCUACCAAUUCAGAGCCUACCAAUCAGAAUUCAACAACCUCACUCGACAGAUAGAAUCAGCAAAGCAACAAAACUCCGGCCCCAAUGAUAGUUGGAAUCAACCAGACAGCACAAGGAGGCAGGUGGUAGGGAACCAAGGUGCAGUUGAGCGCAGCACAGCAGCAAUAACCCGCACAGAGCGCCUCGCGGUGGAGACGGAGAAUAUUGGGAAUGAAAUAACCACGGAGUUAGGGCAGCAACGUGAGCAGCUGGUCCGGACACGUGACAUGCUCGAUCAGACGGACUCAGCGCUCGACAAAUCUCGGAGGACUCUUCUAAAUAUGGCGCGGAAAGCGGUCACCAAUAAAAUAGCCCUCAUAUCUAUUAUAAUUGUAGAAGUGUUGAUCUUAGCCAGUGUGCUGUAUUGGAAGUUCAAGUAGCGAGUUUUUUGUCAGAUUUUUAUACAUAUUUCAGAUUUUUUGUCCGACGUGAUACUGAU